GAGAAAAUGGUAUAAAUAAGGCAAAGUAUAGAAUGAAUCAUUAAAGCACGAUAUAUUAGACCAGGGCUCAUCUCUUCAUUCGGUCGCAGUACGGUAUUGGAGAAUAAAAUCUGUUCGACGCGCCACUUCCAUUUUUUUAGAAUUUGAAAUCAAUUUGUCAGUUUUUAUUUCCUCUGCUACUUCGAGAAUAAUCGCAAUGGACAUGGAAGGACAAGUUGGUGACAUGUUCUCAGAUGAGCAUCUUUAUCAGCUUUGGCAGAAGAAAGCUGAAAUCUAUUGCCAAGAAGCGGGAAAAUAUGAGGGAAAGUUCGAGAGAUUUCAUCAAGAUGUCGUCGUAUAUCUAAAUAGAAUUGGAAUUGGAAGGGAGCUCCUUGAUAGUCUGUCCAUCAUCCAUGUUACUGGGACUAAAGGAAAAGGUUCGACUUGUCAUUUUGUGGAGGAUAUUCUUACAACGUGUGGUUAUAAAACCGGGAUGUUGAGCUCUCCAGCUCUCCUGGAGGUACGGGAGCGCGUUCGUAUCGGCGGCAAGGUCCUCAGCAAACGGAAAUUUGCAGAAUACGGGCUAUGCAUCCUGAGUCAACUUGAGAAAACGGAAGAAACCAAUGACGAAGGUACAGUCUUCAAGCACCCAGCUUUCUUCCAGUACCUCACCGUAUUAUGCAUCCACGUCUUCCUCCAAGAAAAGGUUGAUGUUGGAAUCGUCGAGGUCUUCAUGGGAGGUGAAACGGAUUGCACCAAUAUAUUCAGGUCACCAUGUUGCGUUGGUAUCACGACCCUUGACCUGGAUCAUCUUGGAAGACUUGGGGACUCACUGGAGACUAUUGCUUGGCAUAAAUCAGGACUGGCUAGAAAAGGACGCCCUCUAUUCACAGUCUGUCAACAGCCGGGGCCACUUAGAGUAAUGGCUGAAAGAGCAGCUGAAUUUGGGGCAAUUUUGGAGAUCUGUCCACCGCUGACCGAGCACGACUUUGGUGGAUCUCCCGUCGAGGUCGGACCGGAGGGCGAUCACCAGCUCAUUAACGCCAGUAUUGCUAUACAGUUAGCCCGACAUUGGAUUGAAGAAGAAGACCCCGGUCGAUUUUCAUUCAAUGCUACUAAGCAGUCAAAGAUAUCCAUUGAGGAUAACGGAGGUGCAAUACUAGACAUACCUUUCGCAAGGCCUUUCAGCUUACCUGACCAGUUCAAGAAAGCUCUCAAGCGAUGCUCCUUAAGCGGUAGAUGCCAUAUCAUCCGAGGUAAUCAGAUCACUCUCUACUGCGAUGUAGCUCACACGGUCAAAAGCAUGGCUUCCUGUGCUAAAUGGUAUUUGUCUAAAGCUGACACUGAGAGGGAAGGGAUCAAUGGACGUGUAACCCGUGUCCUUAUGUUUUCCAUGAGGCCCAAACAACAUUCACCUGAGAUUCUUACUCAGCUUUUGGGAAUUGAUUUUGACGCAGCUCUGUUUUCUCCGAGUUGGACAAGAUUUGGCGAACUUGACGAAGCACAUACCACGCGCUUUUACAACCCGGCAUACCAACGCACGCCCAAAGAAGAGCUUCUCUUCUCUCACCAAACUCGAACGAUUUUUGAGAACGUUCGUGCAUCGAGAGCUCCGACCAAUCAGGAGACGCCUAUCAUCAAGGAAUUCCCGUCGACGUCAACGGCUCUUCAAUGGCUUGUGGGCGGCAUAGACGAUACCCCUUCGCGUCUGGAAUCGCUGGCGCCGAAGUCAGACGAUCAUUUCGAUGGCGGGAACCACAUCCAGGUGCUGGUGACUGGAUGUAUUCCUAUAGUUGGUAGCAUCAUCAAAAUAUUCCAACCUGAGGCUGUCCUUGAUUCUAAGAACGGAGUGUGACUGUGUUGGAUUUUUUUUUAUUUCCUCAAUCAGAGGUACUUUUUUUCUUCAAAUUCCUUUUUCAUUUUAACAAUUUCUUUCGAGACACAGUGCCUGUAGAGUUUCAAAACAAGUUACAUAUAAACAUGCAGUAAACAUCGAUUAUUUAAUCUAAAAUGAAAAAAAGAUGACAUUUCUAUAUCGGGUUAAAGCUGUUGGAUUUAAAGUGCCAGCAAUAUCUGCCGUUUUGAUACAGAAAUUGAAUAUGCGAUUAUUGUGUGUAGAGUAUUUGAUCCAUUAUGUUGAACUGCGUCUUGGUGGAGGUGAAUCAUAAUCAUAUUUAUCUUGGGAAUCUGAAGGUAUUAGAGUUCCGUGUUUCGCGCUUUUCACUCCUACAUUAUUGUACUUUGCAUUAUGUUGUAUUGAUCAUUUGCGUUAUUAUUUACAUUGAAUAUUGAAGCUGAAUAUUUCAUUGAUAAUUGAUGUUGUAUUGACUAUUGCUCAUGUAUCUUGCUGGAAAUUGGAUAAAAGAGAAUAAAAUGAAAUUAAAUUUAAACGAACUGGUAAAAUAAAAUCAAGACAAAUCAAAUCAACUUAAAUAAAAAUAGACAAGAAAAAACAUUACAGCAUAUUGACGUUUUAGUGCUGUAUUUGAAAUCCCCAGCAUGGUUUAAUUUCUCAAACUCUUACAUUUUCUUCCUAAAGAAAUAUUAUUCUUGUUUCUAAUUAGCAAGUUUGAAAUUAUAAAAUUUCUUUUGACAAUAAUCAUUAAAUAUAGAAUAAACGAACUUUGGUUGAUGCGCCAUUAUAUGUUUAUCAAUAUCAUUAAUAUGAAUACAUGUAGGUGUGUGUGUAUCUAAGUGCGAUUUUGUAAUUAGUUAAUUCUUGCGACCAGUCUUUUUACGUUUUAUACAUCAACUGGGGACGUCCCCGGUGACUCAUCUCAUUUCGAACUGUCUUAUAUAGUAAACGCAUGAUUUCUAUUAAAAAAAGAUCCCCAUCGGUCAAUUAAACUCACGUUGUGUGUGUAGGGGUAGGAAGCGUCCCCAGUU